AUGCGGCCGCCGCCGUCGCCGCGCAACGGCGGCGAGGCUGGCAAGGCGCUGCAGCUGUACGGCGGCAAGGCGCAGGUCUCGCGCGACCUCCAGAUGCCGCCCUCCAUCCGGCCUGACACGGACAGGCACUUCAAGGAUCCACUGUACAUAGGGCUGCCAAACUACGGGAACUCGUGCUACCAGAACGCCACGCUGCAGUCACUGCUGGGCCUGCGUCCGUUCCUGAGCGAGAUGAUGGCGCUGAUCUCUGGCCCCGACGGCGGCUCGUGCCGCACGCUGUGUGCGGUGGCAAAGCUCAUGGUGCUCCGACAGAAGGCACUGGGCAAGUCAGUCUCCAGCCACCUCAACGACCUGCGCGAGGUGUUCGCCAGCAUAGACCCGGCGUUCCGCGGCAACGAGAUGCAGGACGCCAACGAGUUCCUGCUGCGGCUGCUGGACACGAUCAAGGACGAGAUCGACGCGCGCCGGCCGGCCGCCAACCCGGUCCGCGAUAACUUCGAGUACCAGACCAUCGAAAGCUACAUGUGCACCAACUGCCACAAGACGGUGCUGAAACGGCAGGACAACAUCAGCUGGUUCGUGAGCGUGCCGCGCCGCCAGGGCAGCCAGGCGCCGACGCUGCAGGACGCGCUGCGGCUCAGCAUGCGCUCGGACGAGCGCGAGCUGCACUGCGAACACUGCAAGCACAACGAGUGCCGCGUCACCACCAAGAUCAGCAAGCUGCCCAGGACGCUGAUACUGCAACUGAACCGUUAUGUGUUCCUGGCCGAUGAGUCUAAGAAGAUUCGGGCCAAUGUGGAGAUUCCCAAGUUCCUCUCACUGAACGAGUAUGUGGCUGAUGACGCCACGCGGCCCCCAGAAUGGAAGUGUACAAAGUGA